UGGGGUUUGUGUGCCUGGGUUUACUCCUCUGUCUCUUUUGCCUCCAGGGAGCAGCGGAAGGAAGAAGGUCAAACGAGCGUGUGAUGAACGAGGCGUGUCCCGCACGGAAUUUCUCGGAGGUCUCCAAUACUGGACAAGUGUGCUCAAGGGGCUGUCUGCGCAACCGGGACUGUUGGAAACGUCAGUGUCACUGCGAUGGGGCCUGUGGCCUUAGCUGUGUCCGGAAGGGUCGGACCUGCCCCUGGCCUGUUUCUGUGGACAAUGCCACGGUGAGACUCCUUGGGGGAAACCGCCCCCUGUUUAACCACUGGCUGGAGGUGUCGUGCCUGCCAGGUUUCAUCACCCAAGCAGGCCCAACCGUCUCUCGGCACCGUUGCCAGGGAGACCAGAGGUGGAGUGGGUCUAUGCCGGAGUGCCAGGCUCAGCAAAGUCCAAAACAAUUCUGUGGGCCCCCCCCGGCACUUACACACGGAAGUUACCAAGUCCUGGAUCAAAGUUCGGACAGCUUCAUCAGAUACAAGUGCAACCCCGGGUUUGUGCUCAAAGGACCAGAAGUGAACUCCUGCGGUGAGGAUGGUUUCUGGACUCAGCAAGCACCAACAUGUACUGCCAUAUCCUGCCAACCACCCCCAGACAUCCCGCAGAGUCACCUGGUGGCUGUACAGAGAGACUCGUACCCUGCCGGAACCAGGGUCUAUUACCUCUGCCGCAGAGGCUACCGCAUGGUAGGGUCGCACAAGGUGACUUGUGACCUGCAAGGGGAGUGGACACAGCUGCCCACCUGCCAAGCACCCUGCAGCAUACCUGCUCAUCGGGACCGGAUGCUGUACCAGGGACGGAGGGUCUGGCAUUCGGAGAUUCCUGGCGGGAAGCUACACCAUGGGGAAACUCUCGACUUCUUCUGCGAGGAUGUGGACCGUGGCUGCUCAUUCCUGGCCCAGGCCGUGUGUACCGAAGGGCAACUCGCCAUCCCCAGCUGUUACCAAG